CAACACCAACAUCGAGAGAAUAACACUUGCUGUGCAUUUGAUAAAAAGGGUAAUAAUGAGUUUGCCUAGAGUUUCUUUUUCGCUGAUGGUAUUCAAAUUGUAAGCACAGAAGUUGAAGUUCACUUGCAGACGAUGCAGUGGCUUUAGGUUUUCCUAUUUUUUCCCUUUUUUGAAGCAAACUUUUUAUGAUGUGUAAACAUUAUUUGUCAAUGGAAGCGCACGGUUUUGUCAAACGCCAUGACAAUCGCACAAAAGCUAAAUAUGUGUGAUUAAGAGUUUUAAAUGAUUACUUAUUCUGUUGUUGUGUGUUCCUACUUUCUAAAUGUUUUCAUAAGGGUGAAGGUGGUUUCAUUUUAAAUUAAACUCGAAGAUAACCCACGAAAACGUACCGAACCUUAACCAUCAGAAAUUAGAAAGUUUUUCAUUCAUAUCGGAAUAAUGGAGAUUAACGAAACUACUAUCGGAGUGUUUUAUAUAAGUAAAAUUCUGGCUUUGGCCCCGUUUUCCUUUACCAAGAAUUCAAAGGGAAAAAUUGAGAUUCGUAGGAGUAUUACGUUUGCAUUUUACAGCAUUUCAUUGAUUUUGAUAAUGAUAUUUCUGACAUAUAGAGGACUUUUGUUUGAUGCAAAUUCAAAGAUACCUGUUCGCGCAUCUUUUAGAAUGAAAUCGGCAACUUCAAAAGUAGUCACCGCACUUGAUGUGUCUGUUGUAGUUAUGUCAACUACUUCUGGUGUUAUUUGUGGAUUAGUUGGACUUAAAUCAACUCAAGAACUUAACAAGCGACUUCAACAGAUUGAUGUUAAUUUGCAAUCCUUUGUGAGUCCCCGAAAGGAACGAUUUAGAGCUUAUUUAAUGGUGUUUGUGGCACUGUUAUUCAUAUCAGUGCUUUUAGGUCUUGACGUCUGGACUUGGUUUCGAGUUGCUAAAGACAUGAAAAUUGAUGAAGAGGAUACAGAUAUGAAUGUGCAAUGGUAUAUUCCAUUCUACAGCCUGUAUUACAUUUUAACUGGACUACACAUCAGCAUAGCUCAUACCACAUUUGGCGUUGGUAGAAGAUACCGAAGGUUAAAUAUUACACUGAGAAAGAUAUUUUUAAGUGAUGAAAAGCUUCACAAUGUACCAAAACUCUAUAAAAAAGUGACAGUUCUAAAAACAAUUAACAACGAACUUAAUAAUUCAACUGUUAUUAAAAAACCUAAUGCAGAUACUUACUCUGUCACAAAUUCCAAUAUAAUUGAAAGUUUAGCGGGAAUUCAUGAAUCAUUGGGAUUUUGUGUUCAAAAUAUUUCCAGUGCUUAUGGCUUUGCAGUUUUAACUAUGCUGGUUUCUUGUCUCUUGCAUUUGGUAGCAACGGCAUACUUUCUGUUUUUAGAGUUUUUAAACAAUAAAAAUAGUGUUUAUUCAUGGCUUCAAGUUCUGUGGAUUAUUUUCCAUUCAAGUCGACUUUUGAUGAUAGUUGAACCUUGUCAUUUAACAACUGUUGAGUCACGGCAGACGAUAUCAAUUUUAUGUCAGAUAAACCGAGGUCCACACGAUACAACUUUGACCGAAAGUAUUCGAUUAUUUUGGCAACAACUUCUAGCUGAUAAAGCAACCUUUUCUGCUCUUGGCCUUUGUAAAGUAGACAGACAGAUCCUGACAUCGAUUAGUGCAGCAAUUGCUACCUACUUGGUCAUUUUAAUCCAAUUCCAAAAAUCCAACGGCUAGAUUAAGAUAAAAUGCUGAAACUAUAAACUUAAAUGUAUAUAAUUAUACAUAGUCUGAUUGCAGCACAAAUUGGGCUUAAUCAACACUUUUGUGGAAAAAUAAAGACACAAGAUUCAUCUUUUUGAUAGAACUAUGAUAGUAUGCUUAU